UCUGCAAUACAGUGGAUACAAUUUGUUAUGGCUACUCUGAGUGUUAUAGGCUCAAGUUCACUUAUUGCCUAUGCCGUAUUCCAGAAUAUACAGAAAUCUCCAGAGAUAAGGCCACUCUUUUAUCUGAGCUUCUCUGACCUUCUCCUGGGGAUAUGCUGGCUCAUUGAGGCACUUCUUUAUGGAACUUCAGCAGCCAAUAAGGACAUUGUCUGCUAUAACUUGCAAGCAGUUGGACAGAUAUUCUACAUUUCCUCAUUUCUUUACACCGUCAAUUACAUCUGGUAUCUGUACAAAGAGCUGAGGAUGAGACACAACCAGAGUGGACGGAGCACAUUUCCACUGGUCAUAGAUUAUACUUGUCACGUUGGUCAAAUAGCCAUCAUUUUGUCAAGCCUGAUACCUCUACUGUUGAUGAUACCUGUAUUCUGUCUGGGCAAUGUUAGUGAAUGUUUCCACAACUUUAGCCAGAGCCACAGGUGUAUUCUGAUGUACUCACCACCAUCAGCCGUGGCUGAACUGCCUUCUGCCAACACAUCAGUCUGUAGCACACUUUAUUUUUAUGGGAUCACCAUUUUCCUGACCACCUUUCUCCUCAGCCUCCUCACCAUUGUGGUCUUACUCAUCCAAGCCCAGACUCUGUAUAAGAAGUUUGUGAAAUCAACUGGCUUCCUGGGGAGUGAACAGUGGGCAGUGAUUCACAUUGUGGAGCAGCGAGUACGCUUCUACCCAGUGGCCUUCUCUUGCUGCUGGGGCCCAGCUGUCAUUCUGAUGAUCAUAAAGUUGACUAAGCCACAGGACAUGAAACUUCACAUGGCCCUCUGUGUUCUCCAGGCUCUAACAGCAUCAUCCCAGGGUCUGCUCAACUGUGGAGUAUAUAGCUGGACACAAUACAAGUUCUACCAACUAAAGCAACAGGCUCGGCGUGAUGCAGACACCCAAACACCAUUAUUAUGUUCACAGAAGAGAUUCUAUAGUGGGGGCCUAGAUACAAUGGAGUCUACCCUUGGUUUUGCUACCAGCCCUCCACCAUUCUUUGAAACUGUAAUACUGGAACAUCCAGGAACCAGAAUUAUUCCACACUAAUGGAUUGAGAAGAGUGUUGGGAAACAUCUCAAGUCUUUUCCAACCAUGCCUUAAACUAUGAAAGUGAAAGAGGAUGUAGUGCUGUGGUUAGUAGCUUUUCUUGUUGAAUUGGGCAGGAUCUCUCUGUUAUUCUCAGAUUCACUAGUAAUUCUUCAAGUCUUUGUUCAGAGAGGUGAAGCCACUUUCCUUCUAAGAGAUAGACACCUGUCACCUCAGUGAAUACUAGAUUUGUUUAAAUCUCUUCUAGAUAAGUUCCAGGUUAUUAUUUAUAUGUGCCAUUUC